GCGGCUCCGGGGGUUGGGGGGGCCGGGAGCCUGAGGAGGAGGAGGAGGAGGAAGGAGGGAGGCACCAGCAGCAGCGAAGAUGGAUGCCAUCCUUCCCUACAAGGACAUCCUUCAGAUGUACUGGGAGACAGCAACAAGCUUUGUGAAUGCCCAGUGCCACGGACUUGAGCCCUGGCAACUGAUUGGGCUGACAUUUUCUUCUACACUUCUAAGUGUGUGGCUGCAUGGCUUCCUCUUCCAGUCUGAGAGUUUAGCAUCCCGAAGUAAAAAACACUUCUUUAAGCUCCUGAGAAAAAUGCCAUUUAUUGGGGCUCUGAUUCAGAAGAAGAUUGAUGAAGCCAGGAAUGAUGUCACUUCCAGUUUAUCCUUCCUGAAAGAUGAAAAGGAUUAUAUCAAAGUGCUGCCGGAACAAGGCAUGAGCCAGCCUGAAGUGCUGGAGAAGAUGAAAGAGUACAGCUCCAAAGGAGACGUGCGUUGGCAGGAUGGGAAAGUCUCCGGGACCGUGUACAGUGGUGAAGAGAAACUCACCCACCUGCUAGUGAAGGUGUAUGAAGAGUUUGCUUGGAGCAAUCCUCUCCAUCCAGAUAUAUUCCCUGGAUUGAGGAAGAUGGAAGCAGAAGUAGUGAGGAUCGCCUGUACGCUCUUCCAUGGGGGGCCCAACUCUUGUGGUGCUAUGACUUCUGGGGGGACUGAGAGCAUUCUGAUGGCCUGCAAGGCAUACAGGGACCUGGCUUACGAGAGAGGCAUCAAACAACCAGAAAUGUUGGUGCCGGUGAGCGCUCACGCAGCCUUUGACAAGGCAGCACACUACUUUGGGCUGAAGCUGAUUCACAUCCCCUUGACCAAAGCUAUGGAAGUGGAUGUUCAGGCAAUGAGGAGAGCAAUCUCGAAGAACACAGCCAUGCUGGUCUGUUCUGCUCCCCAGUUCCCCCACGGAAUUAUGGAUCCAAUUGAAGAGGUGGCAGAGCUUGCAGUGAAGUACAAAAUCCCCCUCCACGUUGAUGCCUGCUUGGGUGGCUUUCUCAUCACUUUCAUGGACAAGGCCGGGUUCCCUCUCAAGCGUCCCUUUGACUUCCGUGUAAAAGGCGUGACCAGCAUUUCUGCUGAUACCCACAAGUAUGGCUACGCUCCCAAGGGCUCCUCAGUGGUGCUGUACAGCAACAAGAAGUACAGGAGCUACCAGUUCUUUAUAGCACCCGACUGGCAAGGGGGCAUAUAUGCCUCCCCAUCCGUAGCAGGCUCCAGGCCUGGUGGAAUCAUAGCUGCUUGCUGGGCCACUCUGAUGCACAUAGGGGAAUCAGGCUACGUGGAGGCCACGAAGAGGAUCAUUAAAACAGCUCGUUUCCUCGAAUCAGAGCUGAGGAAAAUUGACAGCAUCUUCAUUUUUGGGAAGCCUGAGGUGUCUGUGCUCUCCAUCGGUUCGGACACUUUCGACGUUUAUCGAUUGUCUAAUUUCUUAGCUGCAAAAGGAUGGAACUUAAAUGUCCUACAGUUCCCAUCGAGCAUUCACCUUUGCAUCACGCAGUUGCACACGAAGCCCGGGGUUGCUGAGCAGUUCCUGAAGGAUGUCAAAGACAGCAUCGAGGACAUCAUGAAGGACCUCAACGCCAAGACCACAGGCAUGGGAGCCAUCUAUGGAAUGGCCCAAUCCGUCCCAGACAGGAGCUUGGUAGCGGAGAUUUCCCAGGCGUACUUGGAUGGCCUCUACAGCACGGAUGUUCCUUGCAGUGAAAAGCACAUGAAUGGCUCUUCCAGCCACCACUGACUGUAGUGCAACAAUCAGUGCCUUGCCAACUAGCACUGAGGUGGUUCUAAAGGUUUCCUAGGGGAAGAGAUUGCAGUAAGCCUUUGUUCCUACAACUGCAGGUCUGAUGGCGUGGCUUGAUCUCGAAAAAUUCCUUACCUGCUCCGAAAUCCGCCUUGUUUUCAUGCCCAUCUUUAGUCUUAGGGCUUUCCUUCCCUUCCCCCUGACUGUUUUCAUCACGACUAUUGAUGGUGAAUUGAAUGUCCAUUCCACAACUCCAGGUUCCUCAGGUAUUCUGCGUGUCACUUCAUUCCUUGCUGUUUCUUCUCCUCAGACCUGGUAGUCGGCCCCGGCAUCCAGCCGAGUGUUAGAUUUGAGUUCUCCUCUUGUGUUCCAAAGCUUCAAUCUUCCCAGAAGUUGAAGGUAGUCAAAGAAAUAGAAUAUUUUUGUUUUCUUUUUGAGUAUUCCUCCAAGCUACUGCUUUUAACAGACUGGGAGCCUUUUAUCUGUGUAAUGCAGAGCCGAUAAAUUGGCAAAGGAAAAGCUGGUCCUGUACUCUUUUUGAAAUCCCCUCUGGAGAUCUUGGUGAGACUGCAAUCAAUAUCUGCUGAGGGUUGGAAAAAAAAAAAAAGCCCCAACAUAAAAUCCUUUCCUGGAAUCUCUUGGUUUGAAUUAACAGCAGAAAUAGAAACUGGGCGAGGUGGCGUUAGGGAGAGGAACUGGAUGGUGCUGAAAAGCCCAGGUACAUAGGGACUGUUUUGCUUCCCUGCCUCUUCUAGAAGACAUGCAUUGACCACCUAGAGUGCUUGCUGUACCUUGGACGAUUGUGGAGGGAUGUGCAAACCAGUGCUUUUUAGUCAGAACUUGAAGGUUUUGCACUAUCUCACAAUGCUGUAGUAGAGUCAGCCAGGCCCUGGCGUGUGUCACCACCGGGGGCUUCACGUGCAGGUGGCUGGCACCAAAGCUGACCUUUUUUUACCAUGAUUUUUUUUAGGAGAAAAAAGGUGACUUUUGUAACAGUAGUAAUCUCUGCUCUUUGCACUGAUUCUUUUAAGGCACAUUCUCAAAAGGGCAUUCACCAUUGUGCCUUGAUGCUUCUCUGGCAUUUUUCUGUGGGACGCCAGGGAGGGUUUUGAGGGCUCAGCUGUUGGCUGCAGCCUCUGCUGUGGUCGUUUCCUUAUGGUACUAUACUGGAAAAAAAAAAAAACAACUCAAAGGCAGACUGGCCUCAGAGAAAGUACACUUGCCUACAAGGUAAAAGAGUAGUUGUAUUGAGCCAAGUCCCUUCACAGUAUUACAGAGAUGCUGGUGUAGCUCUGAGAGGUUGGUGAUAGGAUGCAGCAAGUUGGAGGUAUUCAAGCCUUGGGCACGUGGCUCCCCCUCCUUAUUUUUCUCUGCUGUUUUUACAGUGAGAGACUUUUCCCAGUGCAACUUGUGAGGCAGUUGUGGCCCUAAGGAUGAGCUGGAAUCUCUUGAGUUUACUAAACAGCUGUGGAGUUACUCCUGCAGGGCUUUGCUAUGUGUUUUCUCCCAGCUUGGUGCUUGCUACCGAGAGUUCGAUGGGGCAGAUCUCAGCACUUGGGGGAAGACUUCACCUUGUGCAGGGCAUCUGAAGUCAUCUGUCUCUCUGCUGUAGUGAGCUUGGCAACCCAGAGCUGGCCUUGGCUGGCCUAAGGCAGCUGAAGCACACACUUGCACAUAACAGGGCAUGAAAAGCUUACUUAAUCAGCCACUGCACAAACCAGUGGGCAGCCCAGAAUACUUGCUUUUGAACAGGUUUAUUCUCAGUGCUUAGGAGACAAAAGUAUUUUGGCCAUCUGCCUUUUACGUGGAUGACUUCAUGAGCCCUCCUGAAAACAUCUCCUUUGAAUUGGCCUGCUAAGUCUCUUGGCUGGUUGUCAGUGUUUCUGUUGCACCUAUUUAUUCUGCUAACGACUUGCCAAUGUGACCAUUACUGCAUCUCUGAGUUUGCUGUACUUUGGGAGACAAGUCUCAAGUGUCUGGCUACUGUGAUGGUUCUCUUUGGAACCCAGAUUUAAAAACAAAACAAAAAACAAACAAAAAAGGGAGGUACUCUUUUUGUUUCUGCUUUAAAACAAAGAGGGAAAUGUCUUGGGAUGGAGUUAAGGAGAGAAAAAACUCCCUCCUGUCCUUUGGUUGCAUUUUCCUCUGAGGAAGUAGGUGGAUCUAACAGAUCAGUGCUCCAUUUCACGUUUUUGGAUGUAUCUGAAGGUGUUAUUUUUUGAAAUAUGUAUUCAAUUCUGGGCUUCACUUACUAGUCAUAUUUGUGGGUUGAAUGAUUUGAUGUGUGUUUGUUCUGUACUGCCAAUGUAACCUUCUGGUCUGGAAUGGGCCACUGUCAAUGUACCCCUGUGUAGUCUUUAUUCAUCCUUGUCAUCUAACAUGUCAUCUGCAUCUCCUUUUAUCAUGCCAAAUGGUCUUAGGAAAAUGGUGCGGUUAACGGGCUGUGUAAUUAUUUCAAAAGGAAGCAUUUUAUGGACUGGAACAUGAUCUUGGAACUGGAUGGUACCUUAGACCUGCUGGGAUCUUUGGGACUAUGAAUUUGGGAGAGAUUUCGGACUUGUCGCGUUUUCCGGGCUAAGUUUGUUGAUUGUACAAAGCACUCCCAAGGGGAUCUGUGUGCUUUUUAGGUACUAGUCUGAAGAAUAUCCAGUGGGAUGGACCAAGAAGAGAUGUGUGUCUCCAUGCCAUGGAUUUCAUCUGCACUUUUCUGAGGACUUGGGGGGAGGGAGGAGUUUGGAAGGGUUGCGUCCAACACAAUAAUACUGCGUACAACACAAUAAUAUCUUGCCCAAUAAAUACACCUUGACUUUUGAAUCAACAAAUGGGCUGAGUUCAUCUGGUGGCAGCAUUCCCUGUUGUUCUCAUUUGCCACUGUAAUACCUGUAGGCUGAAAUGGUUGGAGAAGAUGGUGAAAAUGGGCCUAGUUUGUAUUAAAACGGUGCGUUUAGCUA